AUGAGAUGGUUGACAGUCAUAACCCUCGUGUUCGGCGGCUGCGUGUGCGUCCCCUCCGAGGACCAGUGCCUUACUGACCUGGCCGGCGGCAUGCGCCAGUACCGCGGCAACUGGACCUGUCUCACACCCUCGUCGCUGCGUCUUUUCCGGCCCGAAGACGUCCCCGACUUGAAGACAUUUUGUCUUGGCGGGAAAUCCCUAACGCAAACUCACGUCGAUGCGUGGGCGGACAACGUGCGGUUCACCAACAGCUACGAUUCCGCAGAGACUUGUUUCUGCACGGCGGGCGUAGUCGACGCUGCGACUUGGGAACCGGCGAUCCCACCUGGAGCUAUCGGUGCAGUCAGCGAGCUUGUGGUCGAAGGACCGGCUCGGCGAGCCGAUGGCCACGUCGACCGUCUCUACCGCACGGGCGAUCUAGUCCAAUGCGGCGAUGACGGGAUCAUCCGAUUGAUAGGCCGGCGGGACACGCGGGUGAAGCUGCUGGCAGCGCGUGGACUCGGCGAGAUCGAGUACCAUCUGCAAAGCUGCUUUCCUGACUGUGAGGAGGCCGUUGCGGAAGUCAUUGUUCCGUCGAACGCCGAGGUUCGCGCGAUGCUUGUCUCGCUUGCUUACACGCCAGGCGCCCACCAAGGGGAAGAAGAGGUACCGAGGGGGCUGCCUCGUGGUUGUUGCUUGGAAACUCCAACGGAGGCAUCCAAGCGCACUUCAGCCGCUAUCCUCGGGCAGCUGCACCGCCGUGUCCCCGUUUACAUUGUCCCUGCAGUUGUUUUUCUCUUGUCGAAGGUCCCAUUGACAGGAACCGGGAAGAUCAAUAGACGCGAACUUCGCCAGGUUGCGGCCAGCCUAGUUCAAAACUUCGGUCGAGCAGGCGCUGCAUUCUAUAUGGGUGCAGGUCUCAAUGUCGGUGGGGAUGUCUUUGGCAUAGACGACGACUCCUUCCAUCUCAGUGGAGACUGUAUCACAGCCAUACAGUCGGCGGCAAAGGCGAAGGCUGCCGGUCUAAGUAUCACAGCUAUCGUCGCUGGAAAGGCAAUAGUUGGUAUCGUAUCUGCAAGUACCAAGACACAGACAGCCAAGGCAACAGGGGUGAAAACAGACAUCACCGAACCAUUACCGCCAUCCCCUAUCCAGAAUCUCUUCUUCGACACGAUUGAGACAGGCCUCAACUACUUCAACCAGAGUUCUUUCCUGCGACUUUUCCAAAAGCAUCAGAACAGAGAGGGCCGACGCAGCCCUACAUGGAGUAGUCAAGCACGAUGCAUCCUGAGCGCUCAAUUCCACCGCGAUGAAAACGGGACCCGGAGACAGAGGGUCCAAAAUGGCGUGAAUGAAUCUUAUAUCCUACACUGCCACAUGGUCGAGACCGUUGAGGACAAGGAUGCUUUCAGAGUUGUCUCGGAAGCCCAGCGCUUGCUAGAUAUCCUCAAUGGUCUGCUCCUCCGCGCAGAUCUCAUCAGCACAUGA